GGAAUACGCGAGAGCGAGGUGCAAGCUCCAUCCAUCCAUCCAUCCAUCCAUUAAGGUUAUCAAAUCAGGUCAUAUUUUCAAUCACUUGUUAUUACUCUCACACUUCACACCUCACAACCUCACUUAUCUAUCUACCCACCCAUCCAUCCAUCCAUCCACUUCAAUUCUCCUCUCAUACACAUACACAUACACAAAACCUAACCAAACCAAACCAAUUGAACACAACACACCAUACCCCCUUACUCAACCGCCCGCCCAUCUACCCCUCCAAAAAAAAAUAAAAAAUGUCCCUCCUCCCCCUCGCCCCGCGCACACUGCGCACCCUCCCCAAACCACAAUAUCUCUCUCGCUUCCGCCCAAUCCCCCGCACCCACACCCGCGCAAUCACAAGCAAAGCCAGCACCACCCCCCAACCCGACGCGAUAUCACUGCACCGACUCGAAGCCACGCAGCGCGCCCACCACAAACGACGCACCAUCUACUCCGCGUCCGGGUUCCUCGCCGGCAUGGUCUGCAUCUGGGUAACCGCAACCUCGAUCGAUCUCCCCCCGCCUUCCAAACUCGAUUCCUCUCGCCCGAGCCCCUCGCUCUCGUCUUCUUCCCCCGUGACCAUUCUCCCUCCCCCUUCCUCCAAACCCACACCAGAACAAGAAGAACUCAUCCCCACCGGCACCAGCACAAUCCCACACUUCCCCAAAACCAUCCCAUUCUCCCCCACCCCGAGCAGCACCACCACCCCGGAAGAACCCUACCAGCUCCUCGGCCUCGGCAUCCGCACCGUCUCCUUCCUGCACAUCCAAGUCUACGUCCUCGGGAUCUACAUAUCGCCCUCCUCAAUCCCCACGCUGCAAAGCUCUCUCCUCCAACUCGCCGCUCCAAACGGGGCCUCGACCCUCGUGGCCCACGAGAAAGACGCCCUGAAAGCUAUGCUCCUCGACCCCGCCCGCAGCGAGGAAAUCUGGUCCGCCAUUCUGCAGAACCCCGAAAUCAAAUCGCUCGUCCGCAUCGUCCCCACGCGCAACACGGAUUUCCAUCAUCUGCGCGACGCGUGGGUGCGCAGUCUUACGGCGCGCGCACAGAAAAAUCGCGAGGAGUUCGGGGAUGAGAAGUUUGGGAGUGCGAUGGGUGAGUUCAAGGCGUUGUUUAAUAGGGGGAGUGUGCCGAAGGGACGGGAGCUUUUGUUGAGUCGCGAUGAGAGUGGGAAGUUGGGCGUGUGGUAUGAGGAUGGGGAGAAGGGGAGUCAGAAGUUGGGAGAGGUGGCCGAUGAGAGGAUUAGUAGGGGGAUUUGGUUGGGGUAUCUGGCGGGUGCGAAUGUGAGUAGUGAGGAGGCGAGGAGGAGUGUGGUGGAGGGGGUGAUGAGGUUUGUGGAACGUCCAGUUGGGAGUGUGGAGGGGAUGGUGAGUCUGUAGAUUGGGAGAUGUAUUUUAGUGUGUGUAUGUGUGUACGCUUGAUUGUAUGAGUAUUGUUAUGAUGAUAUGAAUGGAUGAUUUGGCCUGGUCUGGUCUCGCAUAGCAUGGCA